AUGACUGCGCCGUUGCAACAUUAUUUCAUAUACACCGGCCACAACUCGUACCUCACGGGAAACCAGUUCAAUAGUGAUUGUAGUGAGGUACCAAUUAUAAAAGCGCUUCUUAAAGGCGUGAGGGUGAUCGAGCUAGAUUUAUGGCCGAAUAGUGCAAAAGACGGGAUUCAUGUUCUUCAUGGGUGGACUAUGACGACUCCAGUAAGGCUUAGCAAAUGUUUGAAGUCAAUUAGAGAGCAUGCUUUUGUGAAUUCUCAUUAUCCGGUGAUCAUCACUUUAGAAGAUCAUCUUACACCAAAUCUUCGAACUAAAGUUGCAACGAUGGCGACAGAAAUAUUUGGAGAUAUGCUUUACUGUCCAAAAGCAGGAGAUAACGAUGAAUUCCCUUCACCAGAAGAAUUAAAGCAUCGUAUCAUUCUUUCAACAAAACCACCAAAAGAAUGCCUUGAAUCUAAUAAGCUUGAAGAAGAGUUGAUUGCAGAGGACGAGACGCCUUGCAUCUGUGAAAAUACAAACCCGAGUGAUAAAACGAUUAGCUAA